GUAGGAGCAGGCGCUGGGCAUUAAUUGUUUUGCUGCUGAGCUGUCAAGUUGUCAGUGUUCGUUUUCCUGCGCCCGCCCUCCUCUUUUUUUUACCGACCUUAUUUUCCCUAUUCAGCUGUAUUGCUGCGCCAUAUAUCUGGUGCCCUCUGUUACCCACGAUGCCCAGGACUGUGGGCAUGUAGUGUUGCCAGCCCCUCCCCCCCCCCUCCUUUCAGUCCAAGAUGGCGGUCCAGGAAUCAGCUGCUCAGCUCUCAAUGGCUCUGAAGGUUCAGGAGUAUCCAACUUUAAAGGUUCCUUAUGAGACCCUUAACAAGCGCUUCCGGGCAGCACAGAAGAACAUAGAUCGGGAGACGAGCCAUGUCUCCAUGGUUGUGGCAGAGCUGGAGAAGACAUUGGGCAGCUGCCCUGCUGUAGACUCUGUGGUUAGCCUGCUGGACGGAGUGGUGGAGAAACUAAGUGUUCUUAAGAGAAAGGCAGUAGAGUCCAUCCAAGCAGAGGAUGAGAGCGCAAAGUUGUGCAAGAGGCGGAUUGAACACUUAAAAGAGCACAGCAGUGAUCAGACUCCUGCCGUAAAUAUGUGGAAAAAGAAGCGCAUGGACCGUAUGAUGGUGGAACACCUCCUUCGGUGUGGCUACUAUAACACAGCAGUGAAGCUGGCCAGGCAAAGCGGUAUAGAGGAUCUAGUAAAUAUAGAAAUGUUCCUUACUGCGAAGGAAGUGGAGGAAUCCCUGGAAAGACAAGAGACCAUGACCUGCCUGGCAUGGUGCCAUGAUAACAAGUCUAGACUUAGGAAAAUGAAGAGCUGCCUGGAAUUCAGCCUGAGGAUCCAGGAGUUCAUAGAACUAAUUCGACAGAACAAGAGGCUGGAUGCUGUUAGACAUGCUAGAAAACACUUUAGCCAGGCAGAAGGGAGUCAGUUGGAUGAGGUGCGACAAGUGAUGGGGAUGCUGGCGUUUCCUUCAGACACGCACAUCUCUCCUUACAAGGAUCUCCUGGACCCUGCCCGGUGGCGCAUGCUUAUCCAACAGUUCCGCUAUGACAACUAUAGACUACAUCAGCUGGGAAAUAACUCUGUUUUUACCAUAACUCUUCAAGCAGGCCUAUCUGCCAUCAAAACACCACAGUGCUACAAAGAGGAUGGGACUUCCAAAAACCCGGACUGCCCAGUGUGCAGCAAGUCCCUGAAUAAACUAGCUCAGCCCCUUCCAAUGGCACACUGUGCCAACUCCAGGCUUGUGUGUAAGAUUUCGGGAGACGUCAUGAAUGAAAACAACCCUCCUAUGAUGCUGCCUAAUGGAUAUGUCUAUGGAUAUAAUUCUCUUCUUUCUAUUCGCCAAGAUGACAAAGUGACUUGCCCAAGAACCAAAGAAGUCUUCAACUUCUCCCAAGCCGAGAAGGUCUACAUCAUGUAGAUCUCAUCCACGUGCCUCCCUAAUGCUGCUGAAGAUUAGACAGAGGGAGAGGUUCAGCAGUAUCUCACGCACAACAAGUCCAUGGGGUCACAGGGCACCCUAUUCCAUGGUUGCAUUUAUUCACUUCAAUUGCGACCAAAGAUUAUCAACAAGCAACAACAAAAAAGUUACAACAACAAAGUGCAAAAACUGAAAUAAAAAAAAUUGUACUUUUAGGAGAUUUCAAUUCUUUUGAUUGUGAGCAUAUAUAUAUAUAUAUUUUUUUUUUGUAACACAAGUCAAGACUGAGGCUACUGAAGCCCCAUGACUAAAGUUAUUUAAUUCCUGACCCUUUCUUACUACACAAGUAGUAAUGCCUACGAGGGUUGCGUUAGUUCUGUGUUAGGUCUUGGGAUCAUAUCCGUAUCGCUGCCUUAUUCCUAGCUUUCAGAAUGUACUACUCACAUGGAAACACAUAAUACAGUCCUUCCUUCCUGCGUCGGAUCUCUUUACCGCUCCCGGGACCUACGUUUUUAAGAAGCCAACUACGAGCCACCAGGAAAAGCCACGGUUCUGUUUUUAGCAGCGCAGGAUUCGUCUUCACUCACCGCAGAAAGGAAAAAAAAAAAAAAAACAUUUUAGUCUUUCCAAGUCUUUAGGAACCAGUGCUGUAGAAAUUUGUAUUUAGUGCUUAUUUUUGCAUGUUGGUGUUCAUUAGCUAAUAAAAAAAAAUUGUAAAUUUGAAACCUGUUAAGC